AUGCGUUUCUCCGCUGUCGCCGUUGCCGCUCUCGCCACCCAGGCCGCCGCCUGGAGAGGCCAAGGCCCCCCGUCCGGCUCCUACUGGGGCUGGGGUAACACCGGCGUCGAGGCCAGCAAGGCCGCCGACGACUGCUCCGGCGCCGAGGUGACCUCCACCUCCACCAUCACUCUCCCCGCCGCGACCGCCCCUCCCGCCGCCACCUCCGCUGCCCCGGUCGUGACCCCCUCCGCCGCCGCCCCCGUCGAGGAGGCCGUCAGCACCACCUCCUCCGCUGCCCCGGCCGCCACCACCGCUGCCUCCAGCGGCACCUCCGGCCUCACCUCGGACCAGCAGGCCGCCCUCGAUGCCCACAACGCCGCCCGCUCCGACGUCGGCGUCCCGGCCCUCGAGUGGGAUGCCACCCUCGCCGCCAACGCCCAGGAGUGGGCCACCCACCUCCUCUCCGUCGGCUCCCUGACCCACUCCCAGGUCUCUGACCAGGGCGAGAACCUGUACAUGCAGUCCAACACCGACAGCCCCUACAUCAACGCCGCCAACGCCUGGAUCGCCGAGAAGUCUUCCUACAACGGCGAGACCAUCUCCGAGUCCAACUACAUGGGCUUCGGUCACUACACUCAGAUCGUCUGGAAGAGCACCACCAAGGUCGGUCUGGCUGUUGCCACCAACUCCCAGGGCACCUACGUCGUCGCCCGCUACUCGCCCCCUGGCAACUACAUCGGCGAGAAGCCCUACUAA